AUGGCGAAGAGGAAGUCGAGGAAGGCGCCGCCGCCGGCCAAGAAGGCGCGGAAGGUCCCCACGGCCUUCGACUGCCCCUUCUGCGGCCACACCGGCAGCGUCCAGUGCAGCAUCGACAUCAACAAGGACAUGAUCGCCGAGGCGGCGUGCGCCGUCUGCAAGGUGGUUUACGCCACCGUCGCCAACGCGCUCACCGAGCCCAUCGACGUCUACUCCGAGUGGAUCGACGAGUGCCACAAAGCCAACGAGGGCGUCCACGUCAACGCCGGCGAGGAUUCGAUGUGA